AUGGAGGCGGCAAUCAAGAAGGCCAUCGGGGAGCAACUCCCUCGACAGGUCAAGGAGUUAGUGCUGGACAACCGUUGCAAACAAUCGCAUCCAAGUGGGCUCGAGAACUUCGAUUCGCUGGAGGUUCUGUCCAUGAACGGAUGCGGAUUGACUUCGUUGACCCCGGGGUUUCCGAUGCUUCCGGCGCUGCGGAGGCUGGAGCUCAGCGACAACCGCCUAACUGGUGCCGGGCUGGAGCUUUUGCCUACACACGCUCCUCGCUUGGAGGUAUUGAAUCUUUCUGGAAACGCUAUUCGCACGCUCGAUUCGCUGAAGCCGUUGCGCGGUUGUUUGCACCUUAGGGUCGUCGACUGCUACGGAUGCCCGGUGAGCAACCUGAAAGACUAUCGCGCGUUUAUGUUCCGCGAGAUUCGCGGACUUAUGGUGCUAGAUGGUAAGGAUGAAAAUGGCGAGGACGUUGAGGACGACGAAGAGGCUGAAGGUGAGGGGGCAGAGGAAGACGAGAACGAUGAGGAAUACGAAGAGGACGAGGAAGAGAUUCAACAGGAGGACGCAGUGCUUCGACAGGCGUAUGGUAAAACAAGGCCGGCGGAUCUGGACGAGGAAGACGAGGAAGACGACCGUGGUGACGCGGAGGAUGGAGAAGAGGACGAAGAGGGUGACUAUGACGAGGACGAAGAGGAGGAAGAUGACAAUAAUGGGGCGGAUUCGGAAGAUGAGGCGUCAGGCCCUUCGGGCGGGCACUACCUCGCCGGCGACGUUGAUGACGAGGACGAUGAAGAUGAUGACGGGGGCGACUAUGUCUACGACGAAGAAGACGAGGACGAUGAGUUUAGUGAAGAAGAGGAUGAUGAGGAUAAUGAGUUCGAUGACGAUGAGGACGGGGGCGGAGACUUUGAUGAAGACGAAGAGGAAGAGGAAGCCGACGACGACGACGACGACGAGGAUGCCGUUGACGAGGACGAAGACGAGGACGAAGUUCCAGUGUCCAAACGUCAUCGUCGGACUUAA